UCUACGUGGUGGAAGAAGGUUGGUGGAGACGGUGUGUGAUUGCUGUACUUUGAACGCCGUCCCCGCUGAAGUGAAAUCCAGCCUAUGCUCCGUGUCCGGCCCAAAACUAGCCGCCCACCGAACCAACGUCCGGCAAAUGGAAAUGCUGUUGAGCCACGGUAUAUAAAUGGGACGAGUAGCCGCUGACGGGCUGUAAUGCUGCGGCGCGCGCGGCGGAGUCUCCGGCAGGUGCUGAGUCUGAUGGCCCGGAGACCAGCUCUCCUUUGCGGGGCCAUCGUGCUCGGAGUUCUGCUGGUAUUGGCCAUCAAGUUUACAUGCAGUCAUGCAAAGAAUGUUGUGGCAGCAGCUCGCCCUCCACUGCGCUUCUUCUCCACUGAAUCCCCUGUCGUGGACCUCUACUUGGGUCAGCUGGACCAGGUGGAGCGUCUCAGGAGCGUGGCUGAGGUGUCUUUAGUUUUCUUCUAUGCACCGUGGUGUGCCCACUCUGUGGCCGCCAGGCAGGAAGUGCAGCUGGUGGCGAAGAAGCUGGCCAAACAGGUGCAGUUUGUAGCCAUAAACUGCUGGUGGAGUCAAGGCAAGUGCAGGAAGCAGAAGCACUUCUACCAGUAUCCCAUUAUUCACCUCUUCUACCGAAGGUUUGGGCCCAUCGAGUACAAGGGUCCGUUUGUGGCGGCCUACAUGCAAAGUUUCAUCCUCAGAGUCAUCACGCCGCUCACCUACCUCCCGACCAGGAAAGCGCUGCAAGAGUACCUCUCCUGUCACGAGCCACGAGUGGUAGGUUUCUUCGAUUUCAACUCAUCCCCUCAGCCGCCAGGCUACGUCAUAUAUCUGACCUCUGCCCUGCAGGCUCUAAAAAGAGAUUUUCGGGGCAUGAUCCGAUUCGGGGUGGUGACCAACAGACAUGUGGCUGACGCCAUCUCAUUGAAAGAGGAUGGAAGCAUUUACCUUCACAGAAGAGUCAACGCGUCUUUGAUUUUCCCGAGAAGGGACCAUAACUUCACCUCCCAGGCUAUCUGCAGGUGGGUGUUUGAGCAUCGUGAGAGUGUCCUGCAGUGGCUGCAGCCUCCAGGUACCAAGUCUUAUGUACUGGAACAGGAGCUAAGCAAAGGUGCCGCGCUGCUGCUCUUCCUGCCGCACAAUCCGCUCACCUCCAAGCCAGACAGCCUCCUACAGCAGGUAGCAGACAUGGCUCUGCGUUAUCAUUCCUGUGACUCUAUGCUUAAUCAACGCACCAGCUGGCCGUGCUGCCAGUCUGUAAUCAUCCCCAACUCCAGUGUGUGGUGUGACCUGUGCUCAUUCCACUUCACGCCUUUAGAGGGAGCUACCCUUAAACGCUGCUGCCUUGACCAAGCGCCUCUGGCCUGUAGCAGCUUCCUGCUGAGCUACAGCCCACUGAGCCAACACAGUGCCUGCUGCAGGGAAGUUCCUCAGCUCAACAAAACCAAAGAAGUAUCCAUAAAUUCCUCGUCCAAAGGUGAUGACCUCACGGGGCUUCGCUGUCAGACCAAUAGGACACUCAGGUUUUACUUGCUGGACGUUGACCUGAAUUGGCCCCUGGCUGUGCGGCUUGGAGCAGAGCCAGGCAGAAACAGGAGCUCCUUGCACCGCCACCAGGAGACCGGGGAGCAAAUUGACGGCUCGUUUGCUACCAUCGUCAACCUGAAGGACGAGGUUCAUUACGUGCUCCAGCGAAGCCACGCCAACACCCUGACUGAGUCUUUAGAGGCCUUCAUCAGGAACUUCAGCGCCCCCUACAGCCUCCUGCAGAGACACCUGGUGGGGGAGGACCAGAGGAGAGGUGCAGCCACAAGGCCAGAGGAGCCUGAGCCUCAGCAGCCACUCAUCACCGAGCUGACCACUUCCUCCUUCCUGCCUUGCAUCAUGGACCUCCAAAAGGAUGUGCUGCUGUUCUACUACACUCAGUGGUGCGGCUUCUGCUCCGUCCUCAACCAUGUCCUCAUCCAGCUGGCGAGAUUGCUGCAGCGGAACAGCAACAUCACUGUCGCCAGGGUGAAUGUUGCACGGAACGAUCUCCCGUGGGAGUUCAUGGCGCAUCGAGUUCCCUCCAUUCUUUUCUUUCCGCGAACCAGAAAACAUGAAAGCGUGACGUUUCCUGAUGAUCUGCCCAUCACGCUUCCGAACCUCCUUCGCUUCAUCCUGAAGCAUUCUGGCAUGCCGUCCUACAUGGACAAACCUGCAACAUCACACGACAAGGACACAUCAGGGCCCGACGGCGUCCUGCGUGCAGAGUUGUCCGCCCUCCGGGAAGAGGUGCGGACACUACACCGCGCCCGCGAGCUGCUCUCUAAGCAGCUGGCUCAGCUGUGGCGUGACAACCGUCACCUCAAGUUUGACGCUCGCAGCCUCAAAGCGCAGAACGUCGAGCUGCAGCAGGAGAGGCGGAGCUUAGAGGAGCAGCACCGGGAGAAGAGCCGGCAGCUGGGCGAGGCAGUGAGGCGGCUUCAGGAGCUGGCUGACGCCUCUGAGAACCUGCUCAGUGAAAACACGCUGCUGAGGAUCCUGCUGAAAACCCUCAGAGACAGUACUGAGGCGAAGGAGCAAGAAGAUUAUGCCCCCAUGCAAAGAGGAAGCCAUUUAGCAUCCUGACAGAUACUAGGUGCAACGGGAGCACCAAGAAAUGAAGGCAUGAAGCAGGAUUAUUAGCUGAUGAGUGUGGGAAACCCUCCUAGCUAGUUUGAGUGCAGACCUCCACUAAGGCCAACAUUCCAACCAAGUAUUAAAUACAAGUGGUCAUAUUUGCAGAAGGAAAUUGUAAUCGUAAUCAUGCCAGCUGAAGUCCUAGAGGUCAUGCUUUCUAGACGGCGGCCACAAAGCCUCGCCCCUUAUCACUACAAAAAUGAUUGGUAUUGUACAACCACAGCAACAUCUGUCAAAGUUACCACGUAAUUGUUUAAUUUUAUGUAUUAUCCCUCCGAGACCAAUUAUGUUUCUAAUGUGCAGUCAUUGCUGAGUGGACGCCAUUCUUGACAUGUAGUGAGAAAGUUAUUCAUACGCCGACAAAGUGGUCGACAAUGUUGCAAUAUUUGUCCCCCAUGUAAGCCGUACCACACUAAAGCAAAAACGACAAGAAUUCAGGGGGAUUUUGGUGCCAAAGAGAAGCGGCCCAUUUUCGUCCCUAAUAGCUACUACCGGUACUAAAAACACUGUCAACCAUCCUUUAGUAAACCACAGCUCCGCUGAGUGGCCAGCUGGUGGAAUUGCACUUGUACGUUUAAAACUACCUGUAAAAAACACUUGUUUUGUUAAGCCUGAACUUAUUUUUAUGGAAAUCAUUUGAAUCACUAAAAUGUUCUUUCAAAUUUUUCAAGUGUGGAGAUGCUGCAAUUGUUUACAUGUAAAAUAUUACACCACUUUUUA